AUGUUGACAGAAGAAGCUGAACAUUGGUGGGAUAAUGUGUGUCAACGUUUAGAUAAUGCAGAGAUUGCAAUUACUUGUGCUGUAUACAAAAACAUGUUCCUAGUCAAGUAUUUCCCUGAAGACAUCCGUAAUAGGAAGGAAAUGGAAUUUAUCAAAUUGGAACAAGGGAAUAUGUCAGUAGUAGAAUAUGUCGCUAAGUUUGAGGAGUUAUCCAGGUACUAUCCACUCUAUGUUGGAGAGCUGGAAAAGGAAAUAAUAGUGGUAAUGGAAAAGGAAAUGGAAACGGUUAUAUUUAUGGGGGUGGUAGAGGAAGCGCCAAUGGGCGAGGAGUUAAUAACGGGAAUAGUAACUACACGAGUCAAGUCUCAAGCAACAACAAUGGUAAUAAUGGCGAUCCAACUACUCUUAUCUGAUGUCACAAGUGUGGGCCACAUCAGCACUACAUGCCCCUACCCAAGGAAGACUCCACAACCUGGAAACCAGAGUUCCCAAGCCAGCCGACCUAAAUCCAAUGGAAGAGUCUUUGCCCUCAGUGGUGUAGGAGCGUCUGAGAAAGACAACUUGAUCCAAGGUACAUGUCUCAUAAGUGAUACUUCUUUAUUUGUGCUAUUUGAUUGUGGUGCCACCCAUUCCUUUGUAUCUUUUGAUUGUGUUAGACGUUUGGGACUACCUGUGUCUCGUUUGCAGUAUGAUUUGAUUAUGAAUACCCCAACUAGUAAUUUUGUUGACACCUGUAGUGUUUGUCUCGACAUUUCUAUCUAUGUGUGUGGAAGGGACUUCCGAGUUGACUUAAUGUGUUUACCUUUGCGUCUAGUUGAUGUGAUUCUCGAUAUGGAUUGGCUAUCUGCCAACCGUGUCUGCAUAGAUUUUUUUAGCAAAACCAUUGAAUUCAUGGAGCCAGAAGAAAUGGAGAAUCCUAGAAACAUAUCCGCCAACCAAGUGAAGGCACUCUUGAAAUAA